UCCGCGCGGAGUUUCAAAUCGGCUGGGGUGGGCGAGGGUCAGCUGUGUUCGGCGUCCGGUCCGCGUUUAGGCCUGUCGGGGUCUAGUGAGCCGAACACACUCUUGGCCAGCCAGAUGGCUUCCAGGUGGCCCAGUGUGGGGACCUCCAUGUGCCAGAGAUCUCGCCAGGACCGGGAGCAGCUGGAGGAGAGUGAGGUGCUGCAGCCUGCGGCUGGCCAUCUGGAGACCUCCAAUGGGGCCCUGGGCUCCCUGUGCAGACAGUUCCAAAGGAGGCUGCCCCUGAGAGCAGUCAGCCUCAACCUUGGGGCGGGCUCGUCCUGGAAACGCCUGGAAACCCCAGAGCCAGGGCAGCAGAGCCUCCAGGCUGCGGCUCGCUCUGCUAAGAACGCCUUGGGAGCUAUGUCCCAGAAAAUCCAGGAGUCCUGCCAAAGUGGCACCAAGUGGCUUGUGGAAACCCAGGUGAAAGCCAGGAGGAGAAAGAGAGGGUCACAGAAGGGCAGGAGCCCCCCAACUCGCAGCCUGAGCCAGAAGAACAGCCGGCUGUCUGAAGGUGCGCCUGCCCACUCUACCCUGGAACCCUGGGCAAGGAAGUAUCACCACCUCUCCACCCGGAUGUGUCCUCGUGCCCACCCACUGAGGCAGUGCAGAAGGGAGGCAGCCUUCCAGAGCCCCUACUCCUCAACAGAGCCCCUCUGCUCCCCCAGUGAAUCUGACAGUGACCUAGAGCCUGUGGGGGCAGGAAUUCAGCACCUCCAGAGGUUGUCCCAAGAGCUGGAUGAGGUUAUUGUGGCUGAAGAGAGUGGCGACAUGACCGUUUCUCUCGUCUGUGACUGAGGAUGGUGCCCUUCAGGUAAUGCCCUCCUCCCAGGCAUCCUCACAUUCUUCCUGGUCCUCCUCUUCAUGCAUAAACACAUAUACAUAUUUGGAGGCAUGUUGCAGAACUGAGCGUUUUCUGGAAAACCCUGCAGAGCUGAUAGGCCCAGAAGUUUGCAAGCCUGCCUACCUACUCGGAGCCAGAGCCGCUGACCUCACUGACCGCAUCACUAACUGAGCACACAGGGGCCCCCACGUAGCUAGAGCCACCUUCCAGCUCCUCGUUUUGGGGGGAAGGCUCUGGUGUCCCCACUGAGCACCAUGGAGGGCUCAAAGGAAGUUUUGUCUUGCAGAAAGCAGGUCACGUCUGACCACCACGCCCCCACACCCAGGAGGUGGCAGUACUGCUAGGCAGCUGCUGCCACCAGGAUUUGACUAACAAGGGCUGGGGUGGAGGCUGCUCUGGGGCCUCUGCUCACUUUCUCUGGCCACAUCUGGGCCCACCAAAGACUGCCUGCCAUGGCCUGGGGGGUACUCAGGGAGACCUUAGAGAGUUGCAGGGGAACUGUUCACUCUAUUCCAUUUUGGGGCUUAGAAAUUCAUCCCACAUCUGAGUUAUGCAACAUGAAGUGCAGGCACCAGAAGACAUUUGAGAGCUCUGAGCUGGAUACCCAAGUCAUCCUUUCUUGCCAUCUUGUGCCAAGGCUCUUGGGACCCCAGCUCCCACUGUGCUCCCCCCACCAGAGCCUGGGAGGAAGGGAUGGGAGAGAUGUCCAGGCUCUGAGACCCUGAGCCCACAGGUCCCUAUGUAGGCUCUGAGCACAUGGUACCGUGGGCAUACAGGGAGGGGGCUCUGCUCAGUAGAAUUUUUGCACCCUUUGUAAAUUAUUUAAGAAAUGUGCCUAGGCGUUUUAUUAGAAAGAAACCAGUGUGUGACUUUCCUUGAUAAUGUUGCUUUUUAAUA